ACGUUGGCUCUGUGUGAGCCGACAACGAGUGCCCAUUCACCCUUCGUCAGAGACGAAUUCAGUCUUCUCUGGGACGUCACUGGUGUCAGACGCAGAGUUUCGUAUGCACCCCGACCCACUUUGGAUGCGUCACAUCAGAGAUUGCCGUCAUCGAAAUCCGACAUUGACUUUUUCACAGUGAAUUCUGUGCCAUUUUCUCGCUAAUCAGCCGAUAUUUUCGUGAAUUAAUCCAACAAGUGUUUUUGCAUUUCGCUACUUGCUGCAACACCUUGACCGAAGCCAAAAAAUGACUGGCGCCCAGUCCGAAACGCGACCCCUUCCACUUUCCACACGUUCGAGCAAACGAUGCUGCUGUCUUUCGUUCAACAGUCUGCCUUCCGUAUGGUACGGCAUCGCCAUCACAACAUUUCACGCUUACAUAGUACUUCAGAACUCAAAAUUAUUCAUCGAAUACAUGGAUUCCAAAUUUAGCACCGCCAUAAGCACCUGGGAAACGAACCUCUACAUCUCACUUCAGGCGACAGCCCUGCUUCUACUCCCUUUCUUGGCAUUUGCUUCCAUCUUCAAACUAGGAAACCUGGCCAAUGACGGGUAUCGCCUAGGAAGACAAAUCGAUUUGGAAAUGGAUCUUGAUAUCCCACGUUCAAGGGUUCGUGACCCGCUCGUGAGGAGCGGCUCCGCUUGCGGAGCCGCAUGGAGGCAUUGUCCGCCUGUUGGGCCGUCAUUGCAUGCCGUUGCUGCGCUGUGCAGCCUGGUUGCUAAAGUGGUUUUGGAAGCUCGGAUGAUUAAAGAUCAGUUAAUCAAUCGUGAUCAGAUUUGGAGUAGCGACUUGGACUUGGCAUUUUUGGGCAAUUCACUUUGGCCGGAAAAGGGAUCUUUUAUUUCCGCAAAUCGUCUCGUUGAACAGACCCCUUAUCCCAGUCCCGAAUUCGUCAGCUACAUGUUUGCUUUGUUGGUGUUUGCCGUUCGCUGCAGCGACGUCUUCUGGGGAGCAAAUAAAUGCCUCGCUUUCCUCGUCUCUCUCCAACUCAUUGCAAACGGCAUUCACGCUCUUCUUGCAUUUUGUGGAGCUUCGGUUCUGUACAAGGUUGCAUUAACGGGGGUACCUGCAGCCAUCUCGGCUGCCGGUGGGUCGAUGUCUGACUAUUUACUUCUCGAUCCACCCAUCACUGUCAUGUUGCUCAUGCUAUUGUCCUGCACCCUAGUUCUCGGCUGCUCGCCUCUUAACAUGUAUGCCCUCAACAAACUAGCGCUUUUCCUGACGAAAAGUAGGAAAAAGUACAUACGUGAGCUACCCUCGGCCCGCUCCUAUUUGUGGAGUUUCUACCCUCACUUGGCGGCAUUAGCUACUCUCUUGGCUGUUGCAGCAAGUGCGGCCCCUCUUCUGCAUGACUUUAGCAAGCUGUAUAAAUUGAAUCCUCAGCCUGUUCUACUAGUGGCCGUGACUGCCUCCAUCGUGCAUGCCUUUUUGUGGGUGGCCCUCUGGCUGCUUUUGACUGUCAAAUCCAAUUGGGAUUUUCGACUAAAAAUAUCAGUUGGUCGCACGCUGCUCAGUUCACCAUCGUCUUUGGCAUUGGCGGCUGAAAUCGAAUUCAAACCCAACUGUAAGAAAACUAUUGAGGAAUCACAAGCUCUUCUUCAUGGCGCCCCCUCUCAAGCGCCAACUCUGAUAUUAUCCGGUGGCAAAGCCUACGGAAUUUUGGACCCCGAUACUCAGCGGAAAAUCCAACACUUAGUUGCCCCGCCUCUGGAAAAUCAACAGAAAAUGAGCGACAACCGUAACCAAGUCUACUGGCUUCGCGGUGGCUGCAAUGCUUCACCUUCUUCUGAAAUCGAUUCUCCUACAACACCCACUUUACCGGAACCUUUAAGCGGGGGCAGUUCUGCAAGUAUCGCCGACGCUAGCAGCCAUAAGAUCCAUAGUCCUCGACGAAGUGAAGUGGCCAUAAACACCGCCGCUGAGCUACCGUCUUCCGCCGUGAAUCGCCCGUCUUCGGACUACUCCAUGGUUGUACCUUCAAACGCCAACACAGUGAUGUCCCCCAGUUUGGCUCGUCCGGUGCGGAAACCGUUUAUGCGCAUCCCGAGCACUGAAGAAGACGGAGACUACGCAACGCUACGUGAUCUACCUCUGGUUACGUUACCGGAAGAAACGGAACCAGUCGACUUGCACGAGAUGAGUAGUAGCAGCGAUAGCAGCGGAGUCGAUUCUGGAUUCAGUUGCAGCUCAAAACGCCAAAACAUCCUACCGAUUCAAAGUCAUGGUCCUCGUUUGGCUAUGCCAAAUAGGGACUUAUGCAAUCCGUACGGUUAUGUCAAACCGAAAAUGACAACAUUUACCUCGUUACCUAUGACGAGCAACGGUUCCGUUCAACUUCGUACUACUGCGCCGUGUUCACCGUUUAACAGUUUACCGUUAACGCACAUGCAAAGGACACAGCCAAUCCAAUCACAUGAGACAUCAGCUGAAGAAAGGCGACCUGCUAUCCAAGCUUGCCUUUUUGCUGGCCAUGGUUUGGAAUCGAAUCAACGGCCCUAGUUCUAAAGAUUUUGCAACUCGUGCAAAUACUCUCUACAUAUUUGAUUAAACAAAGCUGAUAUCUAUUAGUUUUCUAUACUACAAAGAAAAAUCUAGCAAACAAACAAAGAAUAGCCCAAAGGAAAAUUUGAUAUGCCCCUCCUUCGUAAUUGACCUGUUAGAACAAGGAAUGCAUCUUCUGAAUGAGCUAUUGGCAUAUUUAAAUCCAUGGGAUGUGGGUAAAUGUUAAUUCAUCUCGCGAAAAAAUCUCAAAUCAACCAUGAUCUCGAACGUAAGUUUUUGAAAGCUUAAUGUGUCAUUUUGUAGCCCUCAAUCGUGGUGUAUUCUCACGAGGUAGCUGCUAUGCGUUUCUGUGCCACAAGAAUCCCACGAGGGCAGUUUCGUGCGUAUUGUUUUGUGACUGAAUUCUUUUCAGCAUCCCGAAGAAAUAUAUAUAAUUUUUUUUUAAAGAGUGGACCAAAACUCGCUAAGUCAAGGUUUUAUUGUGUUGUUUUUGCUAUGUCUUGUUAUUUCUACUGUGCCACAUUUGUUCUAACUUCACAUUCGUAGCAUAACAAUUGAGAGAAUUUUGUUAUCAUCGAGUCUGCGUCUCAAUUGCCCCUAAUCUCCUACAAGAUGACCAUGUAUCAUUCCACUUGUUGUAACCUAUUUCCUUACCAAGCCGCAUAUUAUAUAUUUUGUG